AUGAACGGCGACGAAAUGACCCGCGUUAUAUGGGCUGAGAUUAAACGUCGUUUCAUUCAUCCAUACCUGGAUGUUGACUUAAAGUACUUUGAUCUGGGCCUCCCGAACCGCAAUGACACAGAUGACCAAAUUGUGUAUGAUGCCGCAGCUGCCAUUGGGGAAUACGGUGUCGGUGUAAAAUGUGCCACCAUCAGUCCUGAUGCGGAACGAGUCAAAGAAUUCAACCUCAAGAAACGCUGGCCAUCGGCUAACGGAAUCAUCCGCAAUUAUUUUGGUGGCACCGUAUUCCGUGAACCCAUCAUCAUUCCCUCUAUCAAGCCCUACGUAUCUCGAUGGACAAAACCUAUCGUCGUUGGGCGCCACGCCUAUGGCGAUCAGUACAAGGGGCAAGACUUCGUUGUUCCUGGCCCAGGAACACUUGAAUUAGUAUAUACCCCAACAGGGGGAGAACCAACGCGCAUCGAAGUCUUCAAAUACGAAGGCAGCGGUAUAGCCCAAGCACAGCCUAAUACGGAUGUGUCCAUCCGGGAUUUUGCUCAUGUCAGCUUCAAGUAUGCGUUGAGUAGACAACUCCCACUAUAUCUUGCCACCAAGGACACUGUCAUGAAAAAGUACGAUGGUCGGUGUCGUGACAUCUUUCAGGACAUAUACCAAGCUGAGUACGAGAGCGAGUUCAAGAAGGCUGGACUGUCUUACUCCCAUCGACUAAUUGAUGACAUGGUCGCGUACAUGGUUAAGAGUCAAGGAGGUUUCAUCGUUUCACUGAAGAGUAAGUCGUUUAACUCUGUUCACGCCUUAAACCUUCCAACGAAUGGAAAUAAUCGCUGGACUCUGCUGACAUUGGCUUUGCUGCUCUCAGACUACGAUGGCGACGUACAGUCUGAUAUCGUGGCACAAGGGUUCGGUUCUUUGGGCCUAAUGACAAGUGUGUUGACAACCCCUGAUGACAACGCAUUCGAAGCGGAAGCUGCACACGGAACUGUGACUCGGCAUUUCCGCGAGCAUCAAAAAGGCAACCCGACGUCUACAAACCCAAUUGCUAGCAUCUUUGCGUGGACGCGGGGCCUGAAACGACGAGGUACAAUUGACCUCACACCUGAUGUUGUAUCCUUUUCUGAGGACUUGGAAAGAGCCUGCAUUGAGACUGUAGAAAUCGAUGGAAUCCUGACAAAAGAUCUCGCUGUAGUUUCAGGGAGAGGGGACAGCUUUGUUCACACCGAAGAGUUCUUGGAUGCAAUUGAACGGAAGUUAAAGUCAAUCCUGGCGUAG